GAGAGCUGGUUUGCAGAACAUAUGGAUGAUAAAGAACGUCGUGUCACAGAAGACAAAUUCAAAAACCCCCGCAAGGUACCAGACCAUGUGAUCCUUUCUGGAGGCGUUAACAACCGCUACUGGGUUUUGGAUGUGGAGGAGAGGCCUGGUCACAAAAUACUGACCAUCUCGUGCUUCAAAACUCUACAUCCAACGGAGACGUGUCUGCUGAGAGAUGGAUGGGAGAUGACGCCUGUUUGUCGUGGUGAUGUGGUGCAUCUGGAAGGCCACUCUGAUGGUGGGUCCUGGUUAGUGGACAGGGAGCAGGGCUUUCUGGUUUUACUGCCUGACAGCCUGAUCUCAGGUACCAGCAUCUCAAGCUCCAUUCGCUGUAUGAGGCGUGCAGUACUGGGUGAUAUGUUUAAGAGUUUUGACGGUGGCUCAAAGCAGAUGCUGAACGGCACCAUGGUCCAUGAAGUCUUUCAGAGAGCAGCUACAGCAAAAGAUUUUUCUUUGGAGACGCUGUCUAAGCUGGCUGACCAGGCACUGCACAGUCCUCAGUACCUGGGAGACAUGUACAGUUUGGGUGUAAGUCAGGAAGAGAUGAAGCAGGAACUGCAUGAUUAUCUGCCUUCACUGGAACAUUGGGCAAAGGAAUAUCUCAGCUCCCCAACGCAAAAAGCCAUCACUCUCAAAAUCCCUAGCAACAGCAGAGCUCCAAGCAGGGAUCAGGACUCUGCUGCUGUUGUCACGGUUACAGAGCUGGCAGAUAUAGAAGAGAACGUGUGGUCACCAAGAUUUGGUCUGAAAGGGAAAAUUGAUGUGACGGCACGGGUUCGAAUCCAACGACCCCGAAACGGCGGGCACAGAACCCCGGAGGAGAAGACUCUGCCCCUGGAGCUUAAAACUGGAAGAGAGUCAAACUCGAUAGAGCAUCGCAGUCAGGUGAUUCUGUACACUCUGAUGAGCAUGGAGAGAUACAACCCUGAGGCUGGCCUCCUGCUUUACCUCAAGACCGGUAACCUGCACCCUGUAGUGGCCAGCCACAUGGACCGCAGAGAGCUGCUGAAGCUGAGAAACACACUGGUUCAUCACAUUCACAACUGUGUGGAGAAAGAAGCGGGGCAGAGCCGCUUGUCUAGACUUCCUGACAUCCUGACAAACAGACAAACCUGCCAGUAUUGUCCUCAAAGGAGCAACUGUGCUUUAUAUGAGAGAGCGGUAGACAACAGCUCUCUAGACACCAGCGAGGAUGUUGUGCGUGACUUCCUGCAGCAGGAGACAGGUCAUCUAACUCCACCACAUCUGAGCUAUUUUUCCCACUGGCUGCUGCUCUGCUGCCUUGAAGCUGCAACUAUGGAGGCCAAGAAUGGCCGAAAGCGUGUGUGGCUUCAGACGGUUGAGGAGAGUGAGAAGAAAGGGAGCUGUGUGGGGAAUUUGCAGCUCAGUUGCCCAGUGAUCAUCCAGUCUGAGGGAGUUUUCCUCCAUCGCUUCCAGAGAAGUACUGUAGCACCACAGCAGGGUUUGGCUAACAGCGGUCUGGCCAGCAGGGAUCGCAUCGUUGUUAGCGACCAGGGAGGUCGUCUUGUUGGCUUGGCAACAGGAUACCUGUGUGAGGUCAGCAGGACAUCGAUCAGCUGCACUCUGGACAGAGACUUGUCAAAGUUCAGUGAUGUGUUGUUUCGACUGGAUGGUGAUGAAGGUGUGGUGGGCCUCAGUACUCAUCUCACCAAUCUCUCAAGACUCAUGGAAAACUGUCAAGACAGCGAUCGUCUGAGGGAGCUGGUUGUUGACCUUCGUCCUCCAGAGUUUAUUUCCAACCUCAGUUCUGUUCUUCCCAGAGAGGCCAAGGACACUGUGGCCAACAUCCUCAAAGGUCUCAACAAACCACAGAAGCAGGCCAUGAAGAAAGUGUUGUUAUCUAAAGACUACACACUGAUUGUUGGCAUGCCCGGCACAGGCAAAACCACAACCAUCUGCACUCUGGUUCGCAUCCUGCAUGCAUGUGGGUUCAGUGUGUUGCUGACCAGCUACACCCACUCUGCUGUUGACAACAUCCUGCUGAAGCUAAAGCGUUUCAGGGUCGGCUUUCUGCGUCUGGGGCAAGGGCAGAAGGUUCAUCCAGACAUCCUGCCUUACACAGAGGAAAGCGUCAGGAAGAAGGGCGUUCACACUCUCUCAGAAUUGGAGCAGCUUUAUAACAAAGAGCUGGUAGUGGGAACCACCUGCAUGGGCAUCAGGCAUCCCAUUUUCACACGUCGGCGGUUUGAUUUCUGCAUCGUAGAUGAGGCAUCGCAGAUCAGCCAGCCUAUCUGUCUGGGACCGCUGUUCUACGCCAAGAGAUUUGUCCUGGUUGGAGAUCACCAACAGCUGCCGCCAAUAGUGCAAAACCACGAAGCUAGGUCACGUGGAAUGGAUGAAAGUCUAUUUAAGCGACUAGAGCUCCAUUGUGAAGCAGUGGUCCAACUCAAUGUCCAGUACCGGAUGAACAGACAGAUAAUGUCUCUCAGUAACUCCCUGAUGUACGAGGGCCGGCUGGAGUGUGGAUCAGAGAGAACAGCCUCGGCCCUGCUCACCCUGCCUUUCCUGCUUUCUGUCCAGUCGGACCUUAGUUCCUCCUCUCAGGCUCAUCCCCAGCAUGACCUGGCGUGGAUACAGGCCACAUUGUCACCUAGCAACCCUGUUUGCUUCCUUGAUUGCUCAAUGGUACCAGCACUGGAGUCGGUGGAGCAGGGAGGCGUGAGCAAUCACACCGAGGCUGCUCUCAUUCACAAGUUGCUUUCACUGCUGAUAAAGGCAGGGUGUAAGCCCAGUGAUAUAGGUGUUAUCGCUCCCUACAGACAGCAGUUAAAGAGUAUCUCUGCUCUGCUGCAGUCCUCUGCUUUCAUCGGCGUGGAGGUGAACACAGUGGACAGAUACCAAGGACGGGACAAAAGUCUAAUUGUGCUUUCUUUUGUCAGGAGCACUGCAGAGGAAGGAAACUUAGGAGAGCUGUUGAAGGACUGGCGUAGACUGAAUGUAGCCAUUACCAGGGCGAAACAUAAGUUGCUGAUGGUGGGCUCUGCCAUGACGCUACGACGCUACGCACCUGUGGAGAAACUGCUCAACCAUCUCCAGCAGGAGAACAUGAUUAUCCAGCUCCCGCCAGCUGCCCACAAGGCCUUACCCAGCAUGCACCUGUGACAGAAGGCUGUGAAGCCAUAUUGGUCUCAGAUCAACUGCCUGUCUCACAGAAGAGCUGACGACGGCUGUGGGGAACUUCAGCAGAGCAGAAUUUGAGUACCAGUCUGUUAAAGUACUCCAUAAUCUGUCUGGAGGUUUAGCUGGAGAGAUAGGUGACACUGAUCAACAAACUAGCACCUGAACAACAACA